AAUAGAAUCUCUAGAAAACCUUUGUUCCCUUCCAUUUGAGUUCAGUGAGUAUCAUAAUAUAACAGCUCCUUUUCGCUGCUUUUCUCUCUUCACUUUUGUCUUUCAUCACUUUCAUGGCUUAAGAUUACUCUCUGUCAGCUGUCCUUUAGUCAAAUCCUCCUUUGACCCACAAAACAACCACCCUUGUUUGGGUUUGGGUUUUGUUUUUUCUCUGUUUUUAUCCAUCAAUAGUGUAUCAUUCAAUCCCAGAAACAAGAAACAACUGAAACGAGAGCAGAACUGCAAGCCCCAUGUCUUCUUCUCCGACUUUGAAAUCUCAACCUCUGCAUAACUUUCCAUUGCGUGGCCUUAAAUGGGGGAUGAACCACACCCACAACCACCACCACCGCCUUCGGAGACACUCCAAUUCCUCCCACAAAUCUCCUCAGCGCGGCGGUUCUGAUUCUGAGUCUGAUAAUCAUCCAAAGAACGGAGCUUCUUCAAGUUCUUCACCUGAUCAUAGGGCUGAACAACCGGAGAAGAAGGUCAUCAAUGGUUCUGAUGUUUCGGUUGAUCCAUCGAACGGUAAAUCGAAGAUCUGUAUACGUCUUCGAUGGAACAAUCACAGGUUUGUUGAUGAGGUUGCGGAUACAGGAGAUGAGAACUUGGAUGAUGAAUUCGUUGACGGAUUGGUUCCCAAGACGUGGAAUCUGAGGCCUAGGAAGCCAAUUUCUAAGCCGCCGAAUCAAAACGGCGGCGCACUGAAGAUCGGAACCUCGGCGGACGAGAACAAAACGCAUAGGCCGGAAUCGACCCGGUCCAGGAAUGUGACCGAGUCGAAGGCGGCUGAGAAGAAGGAGAAGAACCAGAAGCUCUCGAUUUCGCUUACUGCAGAAGAAAUUUAUGAUGAUAUCUAUGCCAUGACUGGGUCAAGGGCCUCUAGAAAGCCAAAGAAGCGAGCCAAGCAUGUUCAGACAGAACUCGAUCGUCUGUAUCCAGGGUUGUGGUUAGCUUCGAUAACGCCUGAUUACUACACAGUCCCGGCGGCUCCUAUAAAGGAUUAGAUGGGAGAGCUGCUAAACAUGAAUGACUGCUAAACUUUUUUUGCAGCUGUAGAAUAAGCUCUUAGAGAAGAAAGGGUAAUAAAUUUAUGUUGUUUUCGUGCCUUUUUUGUCGAAUCCGUGACAAGGUUAGACGGAUGGCGGGAUACAGUUACAUUAAAAAUUUUUUUAUGAGUAGUCACAGAUUGUAACUUUGACUUAUCAGUUUAAUAAAUAGGGUUUUAACCGUUUCGGUUUAUGUAAAAGGACAUUGUUUUUCAGGUGAUCUUUGGUCCUUAGGUUAUUGGUACUUGUUAGUUGUUCAUGGAACUGGUUUUGAUAUAAGAGCAUAACAACUGUUUAUUGAUCCAGAAAGUUUGGGAUGUAUACUUCUGUUUGAUGUGCUUGUUUUUCUUUCUUCUUUUGUUCUUUCUAAUAUGCAUGAGUCGGAUAAAAAGUAGUCAGUUUACUUCCAGUUGAUUGAUUUAAGAAACGUGUCUGUAAUUAACGGAUUAAGUAGUUAUGCACAUGGUAGUAUAGAUGGAUUAAGUAGACAUGAGCACGUGUUAGUAAUUAACAGGUUGAGUAGUUCUGAUCACGUGUUAGUAAUUAACGGAUUUAGUAGUUGCUACUGUCCGUUAUGGUAAGAUGUCCGUAUUUUAACAGGCAAUGCAAAGUGCUGGAUGAGAAUAUAAUUUAAGGAAUCCAUAUAUGGUUGGGACGUAAUUAUAUGAUUGAUUUGCAACUAUGGAAUCUAUAUGUUCUUUGUCGCUUCUUAAAUUUACACUUGUUCAAGCAAAGAUGGUAGUUUACCGGCUUCAAUUUAUAUAGGAAUGUCUCAUUAUUUAAUGAAAGUAAGUAGUUUUAUACGUUCUUUUUAUUCUAUCUCUAGAUAGCGUGCGUGACAAACACGCAUCACUGACCAUUCAAGCCAAAUGGGUUGGAAGACACCCUUAUAAGUGGCUUGCAUGCAUUGUAUCUUUACAUUCUUACAUCCUAUUGGAAAGCAAACUCUGAGAUGAAAAUAGGUUAGUUCACCGGCUCUUGAUUGGUUUGAGAUGAAGUUCAACUGUUAAAUGAAUCAAAAAGUUUUGUUUUGUGCAUCUUUCUUGUUUGAGGAGAUUGUGAGCUAGAUGUAUCAUCAUUAUUUCUAGAAGACAUUUGAUUGAUCAGCAGGACUUACGUGUCAGAAGCUGUGCAUUGUGUGAUUGAGUUACAUCUUUAUCACUUAGUUAAUUCUUGCUUUGGAAAUUGCAUUUGUCAAAAGUAACAGCGGUCAGUUUAUCACUAUUGAAUAUAUUUAAGAAAACUGCCAAUCUCUAUUGGAUUAAUUAGUUUGCUUGUUUAUCUCCCCAAGUUGGAAGUGUUUGAGUGAAUAGAUGCAGCAGCAACUGUUUAUGCACAGAUGUAUGGAAGCCAGCAAGUGAAAUAAUCAGGCUCAUAGUCUUAUGAAAAUAUCGGAUUUAAUUUACCUAAGUAGUUUUUCCCAGUUUUCCUUUCCUGUUUGAAGUGUAUUAGGGAUUUGUCUGUGUUAUUUUCAAUGGCAAGAUGUGAAUGACUGAAUAGGAUGGAAUUUCAUGGAAAAUAUCAGCGUUAGAGCCUAAAGAGUUGGGUUAAACUACUGUGAUUGACCUCCAUGCUUUAUAUGUGUGAGUGUUUGUGUGUGUUUUCCCUCUGAAGAAAAAAACUGCUCUCGGUCACCUCACGACAAGCUUCAGUUUUACUGAAGUAUUUGUAUUGCUUAUUAUUAGAAAUAUUGCAAUUAGAGAGACUAUGAAGGAAUUAAUUUUAGGUUUGGCUGUUGAAUUUUCUUGUCAUUGCCAUUAUGACUGCAUCAAUAUGCGUAUGCUAGUCAAACUAGAAAAACUAAGUUCUCCUACUAGAGUCUUAUCUCUGUCAUACAAAUGACUCUAGCAAUGUGAUGUGCGACUAGUAUUACAUGUUUAUCAUGCCAAUUAGAUCGUCGGAAGAACUAAUCAUCUUUAUAUUUGACAUUUUGACACUUUUUUUGGUUAACCACAUUACUUUAUGUACAUAAAUUGUUUUGAUUAAAGACGCAUGCAUGUCAACAUUCUUUGAUUUUGAGAAGGCAUAUAUAGUAUAUAAAUAAUUGCUGAAUUAUAGCAUAUGCAGUGAAUGGUAAAAGCAUAUAUGGUAGCCUUAGCAUUCACAAUUGGAGGUUUUUUAUAUAUUUGGAAACUCUAUAAAUCUCAAAUCUUGAUAUAAUCAUGAAGGGUUGCUAAGGCUACUAUAUAUGAGAGGAAAAAAAAAAAAAAAGAGGCUUUCUCUUGCAAAAUAUGAAAUUUCAUGGUGCA